AUGAGGCAUCCCCACGUGUUGUAUCUGUCGAAAUCGAUUUCUGAAGGCUACCGACAUGCCUGUAACCGCUUUAGCCUGUCAAUGCAACAACCACACGACCUCGUGCAUGUUCGACAUAAACAUCUACCGCAAGUCCGGCGGCCAAUCAGGAGGGGUUUGCCUCGGCUGCGGUCAGAACACCGAGGGGGUCAACUGCCAGGAGUGCAUUGCCGGGUUCACCAGACGUCCCGGUCACUCCAUUUUCUCAUUGGCUGCAUGUCAAGGUUAACGCUCGUCGCCGUUGUCACCUCUGUGUUUGAUGUUCCUGUUGACGUUGUUGUUGUUGUUGUUGUGGCACUUGAGCGCAAAUCAAGCCGUCCACAAACUUCGGAUGCAUUCACGAACCUGGUUCUCUCGACGCAGAAUCAGCCUCUACACCGCAUGCCUCUUUGUGUGUUUACGUGUGUGUGUGUGUGUGUGUGUGUUACUACGUUUUCUGUGUUGUCUUCCUGUGUUCGCGAAGCCUGCGAGUGCAAUCUCCACUCGAAUUCCUGCACCUUCUCCCAGUACUUCUACCUGCUCUCGAAGAAGGUCAGCGGGGGUGUCUGCGAGGACUGUCGGCAUCACACGACUGGGGAGAAGUGCCACCAGUGCAUGGAGGGCUUCUACCGUGACUGGACCAAACCUAUCAGCCACCCCAUGGUGUGCCUCAGUAAGUCCGUAGUCGUGGUAGUUGAAUGGGUCUAG